AUGGAUCCUUUCAACGAUAAAUGUGCCGCUCUGCAAGCGCGCAUUGCGGCUACCGAGGCCAAACUCGCAGAACUCAAGCAAGAGCUUGCGCGAGCUCGAGACGUUGUCGCAGAUGCUCGAAACCAGAACCCGACUGUGUUGGACGAGUCGAACGGCUCACAGAAUGGGUCUAAGUGGCCACUCAGCCAAAAAGAGUACAAGAGAUACGGUCGACAGAUGAUUGUAUCGCAGGUGGGGUUGUCGGGCCAGUUGAAGCUCAAAGCAGCCCGAGUGCUUCUUGUCGGUGCCGGCGGUCUCGGAUGUCCUGCGGCACAAUAUCUUGCUGGGGCGGGCGUGGGAACCCUCGGUUUGAUCGACGGGGACACGGUCGAAGUCUCGAAUCUGCACCGUCAGGUUCUUCACCGGACUCGCAAUGUCGGCAUGUACAAAGUUGAUAGUGCCAUCGAAUCUCUCAAAGAACUCAAUCCACACCCCAACUACGUCGCACAUCGUACGCAUCUCACGCCCGGCGAGGCGCCUGAAAUCUUCGCGCAAUAUGACCUUAUCUUGGACUGCACGGAUAAUCCCGCGACACGGUACUUGAUUUCAGACACAGCGGUGCUCCUGGGCAAGCCACUAGUUUCAGCCUCUGCGCUGCGCACAGAAGGCCAGCUGAUGGUACUGAAUAACCCCCCUCGUCCGCCCGGCGACAAGUCCGGCGGCCCUUGCUAUCGCUGUGUAUUCCCCAAACCCCCGCCAGCCGAUAGCGUGGUGAGCUGCGCAGAUGGAGGCAUUCUCGGUCCUGUGGUAGGAACGAUGGGUGUAUUGCAGGCCCUGGAAGCGAUCAAGGUCAUUACCGCGAUCGAGUCAAGCGCGCCCGAGUCUCCUCUUUUGCACAUGUUCUCGGCAUAUUCCAAUCCGCUGUGCCGUACUAUUCGCAUUCGCUCUCGAAGGACAAACUGCGCAGUGUGUUCGGCGGAAGCCACCGUUUCCUUGGACACUAUCACUUCUGGAUCCAUGGACUACGUGUUUUUCUGUGGCUCGGCAAAUCCUCCUGCUUUGUUGAGAAAGGACGAGCGUGUCUCUGCGCGGCAGUACCGGGAGCUUUCUUCUCAAUCUGAUGACAGUUUCGACAAAUCUUCCUUGCAGCGCCGUCAUACGAUAAUUGACGUCCGAGAUAAGACGCAGUUUGAGAUCUGUCAUUUGGAGAAUAGCAUAAACAUCCCCAUCUCAGAUAUUCUGGCAUCAGCGUCUACCGAGGCCACGCCUUCGUGGGUGCCGACCGAGCUUGUUGCGACAGACUCCAAGGAGCCCGUCUAUGUUGUCUGUCGACUCGGAAAUGAUUCACAGCUCGCUGUGCAACGGAUGAAAGAGCUGGGGCUGGGUCGCGGUGGCCAGAGAUUUAUUGGGGAUAUCCAAGGCGGGUUGCGAGCCUGGCGUGAACAGGUUGACCCUGAAUGGCCUGAGUACUGA